CAGACGAGUCUCCUCUCUAAUUUUGCAUAUCUCUUUCUUUCAGCGUGGAACAUCAAGCCGAACUAUCGGUUGAAUUGUUGGAAUCAUGGUUAACGGCCGCAUACCCUCGGUCUUCUCGAAGACCUAUGUGACUCCACGUCGCCCCUAUGAAAAGGCGCGCCUGGAUCAGGAGUUGAAGAUCAUUGGUGAAUAUGGUCUGCGCAACAAGCGUGAAGUGUGGCGCGUCAAAUACGCCCUGGCCAAAAUCCGUAAGGCUGCCCGUGAGCUGCUGACUUUGGAAGAGAAGGACGAAAAGCGUCUUUUCCAGGGUAAUGCUCUGCUGCGUCGUUUGGUGCGCAUUGGUGUCUUGGAUGAGUCUCGCAUGAAGCUCGAUUACGUGCUCGGCUUGAAGAUUGAGGAUUUCUUGGAGCGCCGUCUGCAGACCCAGGUGUUCAAGCUUGGAUUGGCCAAGUCCAUUCAUCAUGCACGCGUGUUGAUCCGUCAGCGUCACAUUCGUGUGCGCAAGCAGGUGGUCAACAUUCCAUCGUUUGUGGUGCGUCUGGAUUCGCAGAAGCACAUUGACUUCUCCCUGAAGUCGCCCUUCGGUGGCGGCCGUCCCGGACGUGUCAAGAGGAAGAACUUGAAGAAGAACCAGGGUGGUGGUGCAGCAGCUGCCGAAGAAGAGGAGGACUAAACUGCAAGUCAGUUAAUGUUUAAUG